UUAAUGGCCAUGAGUUCGUAUAUGGUGAACUCUAAGUAUGUGGACCCCAAAUUUCCUCCUUGUGAGGAAUAUUUGCAGAAUAGCUACCUAGCCGAGCAGAGCUCAGACUAUUAUAGUGGCUCUCAGGGUUCGGAUUUCCAGCAUCAGGGAGUCUACCCACGGUCAAACUACAGCGAUCAGCCCUUCAGCUGUAGCAAUGCCCAAGGCUCUACGGUGCCUCCGCGGGGUCAUGGACAGGAGCCAUCGGGCCCGGCGAGCCACUACCCGGGCCAAGGGGAGCAUUGUCCCCCGCCUCCAAUUCCCAGUUCCCGGGCCUGCAGCCAGCCGGCCAGCCUCAAGCAACCUCCCAACGGGACGGCCCUCAAACAGCCCGCUGUGGUGUACCCCUGGAUGAAGAAAGUGCAUGUAAAUUCCGUGAAUCCCAAUUACACCGGAGGGGAGCCCAAGCGGUCCAGAACAGCCUACACAAGGCAGCAAGUCCUAGAACUGGAAAAGGAAUUCCAUUUUAACAGGUAUCUGACGAGGCGUCGUCGGAUCGAAAUAGCUCACACUCUCUGUCUCUCUGAACGCCAGAUCAAGAUCUGGUUUCAGAACCGUAGGAUGAAAUGGAAAAAAGACCACAAGCUGCCCAACACGAAGGGCAGGUCUUCCUCCGCCGCCUCGAACCAGCAUUUACAGCCCGUGUCCAAGGACCAUCACACUGACUUGACGACUUUAUAGAGGAGGUGAAAUCUCCCCCACCCCCCACCCCAUCCAAUCUCUCCCAUCCCUCCCCCCAAUUUCAUCCUUUGCUUCUGAACUGUGCUGUGUGUAGAACUGACAUG